ACUCCAGGCCUAGUGUUCUGUACACUACGGUGCCCCCAGCUGCUUAUCAUACCUGACUUGCAAGGUCACACUCUCCUUAUUUGUGUUUCUCUCCAUCUAGAUUGGGUCUAGUUAAACAGCUUCAAGGGUGCAUGUUCACUGCUAUAUUUCCCAAGAAUGACUACAAUGGGACACGGGCCCUUUCUGGACAGUCAGAAUGGAAACAAAUGCAUCGUAUCUAUUUUCAGUCUAAAUUAGAUUUCAUUUCAUGUCCUGGCACCUCCUUGACUGUCGUCAGCAAAUUAUAGAAGUUAGGUUUUGUUUUCAAGUACAGGCAUGCCUGAUUUAAUGUAAUCAAUAUGCUCUUGAAAUGUUAUGUGGUUUUAUUAGCGUGAAUUCAGUGUUAAAAUUACUGCCAGGAAUGCCAGUCAUAGGUUCACAGAUUGAGAGCUACAAGGGACCUAAAGGCCCUCUUGUCCAGCCCCACUAUUUUAACCAGGGGAAAUUCAUGGAAUAUCACGAUUUCUGAAGCAUCAAAAUCUCAGGCUGCCCGAGAGGCAAUGGAGGGACCACGAUGGGCAGAAAUGGUCUACGGCUCUACCUACAAGAAGUGGCCAGAAAAAGAGGAGGGCCAGUCAGGACAGUGGGCCGGACAACAGGUGGGCAGCCCCAUUCUGCCCGGUGAAAUGCCAAGACCUAACAGAAAGCCUCCAGCACAUUGGCUACGUUAUCCGUGGAGAAUUUGGGGGAGAUUGAAGACAAGAAUCUGAUUGGAUGAGAAGGCACAAGCUGUUAGCAUUUUGUGCCCUUGGAGGAACUGGGCCGGUGGAUGGCCUACCUGGCCUCCAGUGGCUUCCCCCUUAAAAUCGGCCCCAGGCCCAAAGCAAGUUGUCCUUGUUGCUCAGGAACUGUUGGCUGCUUGGAGAGCUGCUGACACAGCAUCCCGACCCUCAUUUUACUGAGGCCUUGGCUUUUACGGUCACCUGGAUGUCAGCAUGGCAGCCUCAAACCUGGAGAACCAGCUGCACAGUGCCCAGAAGAACCUGUUGUUCCUUCAGCGGGAACACGCCAACACCCUGAAGGGCCUGCACGCUGAGAUAAGACGCCUGCAGCAACACUGCACAGAUUUAACAUAUGAGCUGACACUGAAAAGUUCGGAGCAGGCAGGAGACGGAAGUUCCCGAAGCAAUGAACUGAAGCGAAGAUGCGAAGACCUGGAGGCUGAGCUCAAGGCCAAGGAGGCGGAGAACCAGGCGCUGCUGCAGGAGCUGGAGCAGAAGAACGCGCUGAUCGCGGUGCUGGAGACCACGGUGAAGGAGCGAGAGAAGAAGUACCUGGAGGAGCUGAAGCUGAAGAGCCACAAGCUGAGCGUGCUGUCGGGCGAGCUGGAGCAGCGCGCCGGCACCAUCGCCUACCUCACGUCGCAGCUGCACGCCACCAAGAAGAAGCUGCUGAUGAGCCCGGCCGACGCGGGCGCCGCCGGCCCCGCGUCCUCGGCCGGCCCCGCCGCCGGCUACAAGCCCGCGCCCCCCAAGGAGAAGCUCCCCGAGACCCCGCGGCGCCGCAUGAAAAAGAGCCUGUCGGCGCCGCUGAACCCGGAGUUCGAGGAGGUCUACAGACUGGGCUCGGAGAGCCGCAAGCUCCUUCUGCGCGAGCCGGUGGACGCCAUGCCGGACCCCACCCCGUUUCUGCUGGCCCGGGAGGCGGCCGAGGUGCACCUCAUCAAAGAAAGGCCUCUGGUCAUCCCUCCCAUCGCCUCGGAGCGCCCCUCGGGGGAGCAGCACAGCCCCGCCAGAGACAAGGCGCACAAGGCGCACGUCGGGGUGGCGCACCGCAUCCAUCACGUCCCGCCCGCCCAGGCGCAGCCCGAGGUGGAGACGCUGGCGGUGGAUCAGGUUAACGGAAGCAAAGUUGUUAGGAAGCACUCAGGGGCCGAUAGAACUGUUUGAGACAGAACCGAGCAGACCCUCUGUUCUAUUGCUGUUUGUGCACUGUGAUCACUACCAGGAGAAAACAUUCGUCUACCGCUUUUCUUUUUUUUAAGCCCCAUGCAUGCCAGAUUUUUUUCAGAUCUGUCAAAUUAUUCUCGUCCCCCUUCUCCUCCUCCCUGCCCCUCUACCCAAACCAAAAUCCGAUUGCGUUCCUAAUGCAGAAUAUGUAUUUACCAAAUGCUGUGGCCAAAUACCCGCCUAUCUGAAUGCUUGCUUCUAACGCCAUUUAAUCAAAGCGCACAUGUGAACAAAAAAGCACAGGCCGCAGUCUGCAUUGUUACGCGAUGUUAAUGAACCCAGAUAGUGACAUACCUAAUUAUGAAGCCGGAACAACAUGUAUAAACUGACUUAUGAUCCCCCUUUGGAGUCUUCAGUAUGUAAUAGUUCAUACAUACGUGCCCCUGGAGACCAUUGUCAUUUCACGACGAACCUUUCACAGGCAGCAUUGGCGACAAUGCAGAUAUAUGUAUAUGUCAAAAGGAACUAAAUAAGAUUGACACUACUCUUCAUGUCACCUUGACCCUAAUGUAUGUUCAUAUUUUUUGUUAUAUUUUAUUCCAAGUUUUGAAGAUCCCAACAAACUUUAUUUUCUAAACCUGC